AAAUGUUGGUCUUCUAAUCCGGACCGGCGUCCAACAUUGGAUUAUAUUUUAAAAGAACUUGACAAAUUAUUGUUUGACCCGGCUAUUGAGUUCGUCACAAAUAACAUAAAUCAAAUAAUUACACAGUCUGAAUUAUAUCCUAAUGAAGAUGAUGAUGUAAAUAAAUAUGGUUAUUGUUGCAUUGAAUGUGAAGAUACAAUUGACAGAUUGGCUCUCGACAAUUUACCAUUAAAUAAACAUUCCUUUAGUAUUUGUAAAUCAUCGACUCAAAGUCAUAAUGGUCUUGUAUUGAUUUCCGAUCAGCAUAAAAUAAUAAAGCCUAUUGAAUUAGUAAACGGGAAUUUGGUAAUAGAAUGUCCUGUGCACUCAAGCUUAUUAACAGAUAGCCCUCAUGAAAGUUCAAAAGAAUUUACACAUAUGAGAUAUACUGCCUGCACAAGCAAGCCAGAUUCUUUCAAGCAAGAAAAUUUUACCCUUCGUCAAGUUGGAUAUGAACCUAUGAGACAGACCGAAUUAUUUAUCUUAAUAACUGUAAAUAAUGAAGACGAAAUUCUAUUAUCUAGUACUCUUCAGAGGAUUAUAGAAAAUAUUGCUUACCUUUGUUCCCUUACAGAGUCUCCGACAUGGGGAGAAGACGGAUGGAAAAAGAUUAUCUUAUGCAUAAUUUCGGAUCAUAAUAAGAUUAAUAAACGUACUUUAUCAUAUUUAAAGACACUUGGUGUUUAUCAGGAUGGUAUUGCAAGAUCAAAAGUGAAUAAUAAAACA